AUGGCUUCGUCCUUGCUCGAGGUGUCUUUCGAUGCGAAUCGACCUCAAACUAACCAAGGGAUCACCCCUUCUCCUGCUGGAUCACCUCGAAUACAAAGACCAGCCUCUCAAACUUCUCUACAUAUCGCUCCGAGCAGUAAUUACUCUCCCAAUCCUGGUCAUGAACAAUCCCCUCACCCCAUGUCUGCCUACCCUAACCAGGCGUACAGACACUACCAACCUACUUCAAUGUCUCUGCCUGCGCCAGGUAGCUUUCUCCAAGGUUCUUACCCCAGUACUGCUCCUCCUGUUCCGUUCUACCCAGGUGCUGCUCCGAUCUACGAUUCGAGGUCCUCCCAGCCGAUGAUCAGAACGGUCAGUCAUGCCCACCCUAUGAACUCAGCUACCGAAGCUACCGUAUCGUCUCGAUACUCUUCUUCACCCCAUUCAGCUACUGGGCUCCCUCCUUUGGACGGUCCACCCACCGCUUCUGGACAACAAACGAAUCCGUACCACAGCUUGGACAUGCAAACUCCAUCCUUUAACUUCCAAAGCAGUGAUUCCGAUUCUAGACAUAUCAAUCCCUCGCUUUUUCAACCUAGUGGAAGUUACUCGAUGUCAAGAUCUACCUCCGGAGCGAGCGAUUUUGGUCCUGAGACCACUCGACUUGUCACUCCUGGAUUUGACUAUAGGUCAGAUCGAUUAUCACCCGCCGAACAUGAGUUACGAAAAGUAUCGGACUCGCUAGGUGACUAUAACCCUUCUAACCCAUUGGGAGGGAGGAGGUUAUGGUCUUCAUCAACCUCAUCUACUUUCACUCCUUCUUUCGAUCUGCAACCGCAUUCGAUCCAUCUGGGACCUCACCCUCAACCGCCACCUGACAGUAUCUUCUUUGGUGGAUCGAGAGCCAAUUACUCGAAUGAUCAUUUCACCAUGUCCGCUGAAAGGGGUGGAGAGUCAAAACCGGAUCUCUUCUCUUUGGGCUUCGGUAAUGGUAACUCCCACGAUGCGGAUACUGAAUACGAAAGGGAAAGACAAAAUCAGAUCAUGACUAAUAAAAAGCUUUUGGAGGAUGUUGGGCUCGGUAACCCUUCUUCGUACUCCUUCCGAUCUUCGAGGAACAGCAGUAGUACUGGGGGAGGACGUCCUCGAAAAGGCUCUACUCCCAUGAGGCAACGUCUCCGACUCGACGGACCUGUGCGAGCUUCACCCAGGAUCAAGGAGAUGGGACGAAAUAUCUCAUAUGCCAAUCUCGAUGACGAUGAUCGACAUGCUGCUGGAAGUGAGGAUGAGGAUGAGUAUGAUUCUGAUGCUGCUCGAGAGGAAGAGGAUGAUUUCAGACCUAGCAAGAGAUCAAAGGGCAGUAAAGGUGGAUACAGAACUAAAUCGGCCGCGUAUAGUGCACCCAAGAUGGUCGCUAAACCCCAACUUUCACUUUGGGGCUUACUUCAGGUCUACGGCGAUAUCCCCUUCCUCUUCCCCUUAUUCUACUACACUCUCAACAAUGAUCUCACCAUCAACUCCGACUCUGUACCAUUGAUCGGAUCUAUUCCUUCAACUUGCACUCCGCUCGAGAAGGCUGAUACGCUCCGAGGGUUCUUUCAUCGAGGACGAAGAGUGCUGGCUCAACUCGAUGCUUUCACAGCUAGGUGUGAUAGGAAGUACGAAGGACCCGACGAAAGAUGGCCUGAGCUCGACUAUCAUACUCGGAUCGCAAUAAGAGACGUUAGAAGAAAAGUGGUUGAGAGAUGUGAGAAUUACAAGUACACGAGAAGAGAUAUUCUCGAUAAGUGUCUUGGCAAAAACAAAUGGCCACCUAUCGAUGAAGGAUUACUGGAAUGGCGAGUCGGCAUGAGUACGAAUGAUCCUGCUGGUGAUCUGGUCAAUGUCACUUUGACAUUACCUACUCCACCACCAGAAGUGUACAGCCAACAAAUGCGAUACGGCAAUAUCUAUACGUCUUCGACCAGUAGCGGUAGAUCGAUCAAACCUUUCCCUCGAUCCAGAGUCGGUUCUUCCGUACCUCGAACAAUCAGCAUCGACAUGGGUGAACCUGAAGAUUCUUAUUCUUCCCAUCCGCAAACUUCCACUGGAUGCCCUACGGGACAUAGUGGAUUAUCAAUCUAUCCUCCUCCCCUGACUUCCAAUGGAGGUAUGUAUGCCUCCUCAGCUAUCAUACCUCCUCCACCAAUGUAUGGCGAAGACGAAGUUCCCAUGUCGGUUCAAAUGCCCUCUUCAGCUCCUGCACCUGCCCUUACCCCUGCUACUGGACCAGGCGGUAUGAACAUGGGAAUCACUACUGCUCCUCCACCCCUCACUUCGAGCGUCCCCUCGUCUACUGCUGGAUGGUCCGCGGGGAACAAUCAUACCCUGGGACAAAGAGGUGUCAAGAGAUCGAGAAGUCAUGAAGAUCGACAAGCGGGUGUGGGGGAUGAUGAUGCUCAAUCGUUUGAGAGUGAAGAAGACGGUCAUUGA